AUCAGGCAACCUCAUUGGACCGAUAGCUCUUGCCAGAGGACUUGGGUUUUACUCAAAUUUCGCCCUGCCAUUCCUUCCUUCUCGCUCUCUCUCCUCUCACUGUCCAAACUAAUUUUCGCCUAAAUUUUGGGGUUUUUGAUUCCAGUAUUCUUGUGCAUAUUCCGAUUGCAUAAUUUCGAGGGUUUGAUCGAGUGAGGAUUUGAUUCAGAUUUUUUUAGGGUUUGUUCUUUUCGGAUCGAUUCAGAGGGUGUGGUGAAUGGGUCGCCGGAAAAAGGUACGAGAUAUCUCGCGCAACUCAAGGUACGAAGUCUCGUCGACGAGUGCGCUGGGUAAAUCCCGGCUGUAUUGCUUUUGAUUUUACGAGGCGGUGGGUUUAGGUCUAGUAGUUACGGUUGUGGGCAAUAAAUUGGUGAUCUGUAGUUCUUGGAAAAGAAGAGUUUAAGGUGUUUUCGGACUAAGGAGUUUUUGGUUUCAUUAGCUUCCCAUGGCUUCUUUAUAGUCGAAGUAUUGUUCGAUGGAGUGUUUGGGUAAGAAGAGAAAGGGCGUCGAAACGGAUGUCGACGAACGUAGUCGAUUGGAAAUUUUUUGGUCUCAUUUUUCUUUGGAAGAUUAUUCAAGGAGGACAAAGAAGUGCAAAGGAGGGAUCGCAGUCUCAAAGAUUAUUGAUUCGGGUAGAAGCAUUGUCAAUGGAGUUGCGACUGCUCCGGCAUGUGGCACAGCCCAGUUGGAAUGUCCCAGCAGGGGUCUGAAGAGGAAAAUUGGUUGCAUUGAAGCUGCUACAAGAUUGGGUAGGAAGAAGAGGAUUGAUCAUGAUUAUGAGUUGGAUAGAACUAUAGGAGAAGGGAAGUUUGGUUCAGUGGUGUUAUCUCGGAGUAAGGCUACUGGGGAGGAGUUUGCUUGCAAAACUCUACGUAAAGGGGAGGAGAUUGUGCACCGGGAAGUCGAGAUAAUGCAGCACUUGUCAGGGCAUCCGGGUGUUGUGACACUGAAGGCAGUAUAUGAAGAUGCCGAGUCUUUCCAUCUAGUGAUGGAGCUUUGCUCUGGGGGACGCUUGCUUGAUCAGAUGGCGAGAGAAGGGCCAUACUUGGAGCAAAGGGCUGCUAACAUAAUUAAAGAAUUGAUGCUGGCGGUUAGAUAUUGCCAUGAGAUGGGAGUUGUUCAUCGUGACAUAAAGCCCGAGAAUAUCCUACUCACUGCCUCUGGACAGAUGAAGCUUGCAGACUUUGGAUUAGCUGUCAGGAUUUUGGAUGGCCAGAGUUUGAGUGGAGUUGUUGGAAGCCCUGCUUAUGUAGCUCCUGAGGUUUUAGUCGGCAAUUACUCUGAAAAAGUGGAUAUCUGGAGUGCUGGUGUCCUUCUCCAUGCACUUCUGGUUGGUGUGCUUCCAUUUAGAGGCAAUUCAUUGGAAACCAUGUUUGAGGCAAUAAAGGAAGAAAAAUUAGAUUUUAGUAGUGGUAUAUGGGAAUCGGUAUCUCGGCCAGCUUGUGAUCUUCUCUCUAAAAUGCUAACAAGGGAUGUCUCAACAAGAUUUACCGCUAAUGAGGUUUUGAAACAUCCCUGGAUUUCAUUCUAUACUGAACCAUCGUUGAAGACCCCAACCCCUGAGUCAAGGGCGGGGCGGUGGACUUACAGUCACAGAUCUGACAUAGAGAGAAAGAGGUCGACAUCAACAGCUUCCACUAGCAGUAGUCUCAGCAACGACUCCAGUCCAGCCAUACUCUCCCGUCAUUCAACCCAACUUGCAGUUGAGGAAGAAGAAGACAGUGGUCUGGUCGAUGUGCUAGCUGUGGCGAUUUCACGUGUCAAGAUAUCUGAGCCAAAGAGGACCCGAAUCUGCAGCCCCUCAAGACAGGAAUGCUCCUCCAACUUAAAGACGAGCAACCUCUGUACAGCAUUUUGAUCCAAUAACCCGACCCCCAUUUGCUGAUGCUUUUAAUUGCUAAUUCUGAUAUAAUAGGUGAUCGGAGGGCUGAUAACAUAGGCUAAACAGGGCCCAUUUGCCAGGUAAACUUAGAUUGUGCUCUUCCCUUGGUUUUCCGGAAUGUUUGUGAUUACUGAUUGGCGUGCGUGCAGUCGAGUUAUGUAUAUAUAUAACAUAACCCUUUGUGUUGCGUUUUGGGGACAGACGGUGUGAUGAGGUGAAUGAUGCUAUAACCUCUGUUGGUUUUUGUUUGCGCGGAAUAACCAAAUGUGAUCAACAUAAGCUCAUUUACCCUUUAUAUCUAUCUAAUGAUUAAAUUCUUGAUUCA